AUGAAAAUAUAUAAUCUUGUUCGUUACAUUCCACAUCGUUAUCGUAUAUAUUUAUUUAUUAUUUUUAUUAUUUGUUCAUUUUACUUCAUAUAUCUAAAUCGUUCAAUAAGUUCAGAUGUAAAAAUUACCAAUGACUAUGUUAAUGAUUUCGAUUUAUUUGAUGAUGAUGAUAUGCCUUUCAUCUGUCCAUCAGAAAUCCAAUUCUUUAUAGCAAAUCGUCAACAUUUAGUUGUUAUUAUUGCUUCGAAACUUGUAUCUUAUGUAUGGAUAAAUUUUCGUACAUUACUUUGUUCUGGUGUUGAUGUUUAUAUUAUGUUAAAUGAAGUUUUUCCUAUUGAUUCAUCAAAACGAGAAGAUAGUUUUGAAUCACGUACUAGUAGAAGUAUACGUUCGUAUUCACAUCGAUUUUUAUACGUUAAAAAUCAACAUUUAGAAAAAUUUGAUGUUAAAUAUACGAAAAAAUUAUCAAAUGUUAAAUAUACAUCAUGGGAUCGUGCUAUUGUGUGGUUGUAUCAUCGAAUUAAUUUUGAAAAUGUAUGGAUAAUAGAACAUGAUGUUCAAUGGUUUGAUGUACAACACAUGACUUACCUAUUUGAUCGUUUUAUUAACGAUAGAACUGAUCUUUUAUGCAAUAGAAUUAUAUCAAGAAAUUCUCAAUGGUCAUUAUGGCCCCAUGCAGAGUCAGAUAUUUUUCCAUAUGAAUCUUGGCAUGGUACGUUUAGUCCACUUGUUCGUUGGUCUCGACGUCUUCUUGAACAUCAUUAUCGUUAUAUGCAAUUGAUACAUAGAAAUAGAUUAAAAUAUGAAAUCAAUAAAGAUUUUCGUUAUCAAGAAUUUAUCAUGGGAACAAUUGCUAGAAUAGAAAAUUAUCGAUAG